AUGGGAAGAACACAAAACGAGAGAAUGAUGUCAGAACGGAGGAGAAGGAAAGGAAAAGGAAAAGGAAGGAGUACGGUAGAUCAGACAACUAACUGGACGGGAUGGAAGUUUCCGGCGGGGAAUCGGUAAUUAGUUGACAAGGCUUACUUGUUUUUAACAGACUUUUAGAUGCGACUCACAUUCUUCGUAUUUAAGUAGGGAAACGGCGAAUGAAAGAGCCAAUCUGUGCUUAGCCUCUUUUUUCAAUUUAGCAAAAAAAGCCGCCUACGUAAGCCGUCAACGCCUGAUUGAUGAAGAGAUGGAUGGAAAUGCGCUUGAUCAAUCAAAAAAAAGUGAGCAGACUUUGAAGCAUCGAAAGAGAAUACUAUGCUCUACAACUUUGUCGUUGACGGGUUUUUACGGAAAAGUGUGCGCGCUGAGAUAUUUCGUUUGGAGAAUGUGUAAUACAGAUAUUUUUACAUGGUUGUAGAGCAUAAAAGUGUCUUUCGAUUUGUUUUUUUGGCAUUUGAAAAAUCUCGAAAAUUGAGCGAGAAAGUGA